AUGGCCGCGCGAUACGAACCGGGGAUUGGAGCUCCCACUGUGGGACUGGCUCUCAGCGGCUCCAAGUCCAGCACCUACGUCCUCCAGUGGGCUCUCGCAAAGUUCGCCCCCGCCGCCGCCGCCUUCAGGCUCAUCCAUGUCCUCACCCCGGUCCUGGCUGUACCCACAGAACUGGGGAACUACAUCCCGAUCGACAAAGUGCGCCCCGACAAAUCGGACGCGUACGUCAAGAUGGUGCAGCUGAAGGCGCAGGAAAUGCUCGCCCGCUGCAAGAACAUGUGUGACAAAAGCAAGGUUGAAGCUCAAAUGCUGCUUGUGAACGGCAGUGAUGUCGCGGAUACUAUUUCCAAUCUCGUUGCUCAGUACCAGAUACAGAUCCUCGUCGUCGGCAACCCUACCAGCAGGAGCGCCUUUACUAGGAAGUCCAGUGGAAGUAGGACGUCAUCCAAAAUCUGCAAGAGUGUCCCCAGCUUUUGCACAGCGUACGUCGUCUCAAAGGAUGGACUGUCUUCGGUCUACGCUCCUGGAUCAGAAAUCGGCUCGUCCUCUGGCUCAAUGGUACCAAAAGGCAGCUGCAGCAGCUCUAGCAGCGAACUAUUUUCAGAUGGAACAUCCUCGAUAUCAGAUAUGAACAACGGUUCAGGACAGGGUCUGUUUGGUUUUCCACGUCUGCCAAGCUCCAAUUCUGCAUCAGAGAACCUUGGAAGUAGUUCAUCUGCUGAAGGUCAUCGCUCAUUUACUCUAUAUGAUUAUCUCACUGGAAAUGCAUCAUAUAAUGAUAAGGACAGAAGAAUCGCCUCAUGCACUAGUGCUGAAAGCUCUGUCUCAAGUAAAUUGUGGGGUUCGGACAAGGUACCAAUGAAAGAAAGUUCAUUGCAGGGAUUAAUACUUUCGGACAAUAAGGAUGAUGUCAAUGCAGAGCUCGAAAAGCUGAGGCUUGAACUGAGACAUAAACAGGGGGCAUACAAACUUGUUCAGGAUGAGUCUGUGGAUGCAUCUCAUCAGGUGGAUGAAUUAGCUGCAAGACGCAUGGAAGGGGAAGUUCAAUUAAGAGCGAUACAGUCCAGGGUGGAUAAGGCCAAUGACGAGAUACUGGAAGGGAUGGCACAUAGAUGUGCCGCAGAGGAGGUAACUGCCCGUGUUAAGGAUCUUGUAAGAGUGGAGGUUAUGCAGAAAAAUAGGCUGCUGGCACAGGCAUCCAAAGACGCUGAUCAGAAGUCUAGAUUGGAGCAGCUCUUUGUACUUCAAGGCAACUCGUACUCGACGUUCUCUUGGGAGGAGAUUGAUAGCGCCACAUCAUCAUUCUCAGAGUCUCGAAAGAUCGGAACUGGAUCUAAUGGAACUGUAUACAAGGGCUAUCUCAAUCACUUAGAUGUAGCAAUCAAGGUCCUCCAUUCUAAUGACAACACCAGCACCAAGCAUUUCAACCAAGAGCUCGAGGUUCUGAGCAGGAUACGCCACCCACACUUGUUGAUGCUGCUCGGAGCCUAUCCUGACAGGGGCUGCUUGGUGUACGAGUACAUGGAGAAUGGCAGCCUCGCGGACCGUCUGCAACGCAUAAACGGCACACCACCAAUUCCAUGGUUUCACCGCUUCCGCAUCGCCUGGGAAAUUGUGUCGGCCCUCGUGUUCCUUCAUAGCACAAAGCCCAGCCCUAUCAUCCACCGUGACCUGAAGCCUGAAAACGUGCUCCUCGACGUCAACUUUGUCAGCAAGAUUGGUGAUGUUGGCCUGUCAACACUAGUCCCACUGAAGGAGUCUUUGUCCAGCCGUACAGUGUACAAGAAGACUGGUCUGGCAGGCACACUGUUCUACCUAGACCCAGAGUACCAGAGAACUGGGCAGGUGUCUGUGAAGUCUGACACAUACUCUUUUGGCAUGGUGAUCCUUCAGCUGCUGACGGCAAGACCACCGAUCGGAUUGCCGGAGCUAGUGGAGCGAGCAGUGGAAGAUGGGGAACUUAGGGAUAUCCUGGAUGAGAGUGCAGGGAACUGGCCCCUGAAAGAAACGAAUGAUCUAGCUCAGCUGGGCCUCAGCUGUCUGGAAAUGCGGAGCAAGAACCGGCCCGACCUCAGGAGCGUAGUGGCGGUAGAGCUGGAACGGCUGAAGCAUAUCGUGGCCACUGCGUCGGAGCCGGCGCAGGCCAUGCCAGGCUUACCCGAGCCACCCAGCCACUUCAUGUGCCCAAUACUCAAGAGAGUGAUGCAGGAUCCGUGCAUCGCCACGGACGGGUACUCGUAUGAGCGCAACGCGAUCGAGAUGUGGCUGUGUGAGAAUGACGUGUCGCCGAUGACGAAAGCACGGCUGCCUGACAAGACUCUUGUGCCUAACCGGUCUCUUCUGUGUGCGAUCACAAGCUGGAGGUCUGAGGGGGGAGACAUCUGAUCGAGGCUAAUGGUAAAUAGUUAGUCUAACCACACAGCUUUAGGCCAUGCCAGCUUCUGCAUAAAGUGAAGGAGCAAUUCUGCAACUAUAAUUGCCAUCCUCGGUAAGCAGGAGGAGUAGUAAUCUCCAGGAGGAGGGAGAUGGUAAAACAAUGAUUGACAGCGCAAUGAUGCCUAGCUCUUGUCAGUUUUGAGUUUUGCAUUUGUGCAGUGCCAGAUAUAUAGUCCUUCAGAUUUUUGAUGAUUUUUGAGUCUUAUCUUUUUAGUUGCGCAACUAU